AUCGCCCCCGGCCCACCUUCCCACUCCCUGGUCUCAAUUCGAACCCUCUGUUCUCCCCCCCCCUCUUCCCUUGGGGUCUCUUCCUUUGACCGGCGGCUCUGUGUUCCUCCCGCUCUCUUCGGCCUCUCCAUCCUCCUCCUACCUCAGCCCUUCCCCUUGCCCGCACCGUCCUAGACACUCGAGCUACCAAGGCUGACUGACCCCCGGCAAACGGCCAGCGUCAAUCCCCCAAGCCAAGCCGACCUCGUUCUCCGGAUAAACAACUACAACCCCCAACCGACCAAUUCCGAGCUGGCCGUUUGAUUUCUGCUGCUGUCGCUAGCAGCGCUCGGACUCUGUCACCCCUACGAGACGAAGGACCUGCCCAUCCCGCGGCUUCGCAUUAAUCAUGGGGUUCCUCGGGGUGUAUACGGCCGUGUAUGAUUACCAGCCUCAGGGAGAGGGCGAACUGGAAAUCCGAGAGGGUGAUCUGCUCUACGUCUUGGAUAAGAAUGGUGAUGAUGAUUGGUGGAAAGCCAAGAAGAAGGCUGAGCGAGACGACGAGGAUGAACCGGAAGGUUUAGUCCCGAACAACUAUGUCGAAGAGGCGCAACCAGCACACCAGGCCAAGGCUUUGUUCGACUACACGCGACAGACCGACGAGGAGGUUUCAUUCUCCGAAGAUACCGAGAUCUUAGUCUACGACACGUCAGAUCCGGAUUGGACCUUGGUUGGAGUCGGCUCGGAUUAUGGAUUUGCGCCGGCAAACUACAUUGAGAUCGUGGCAGACGCUGCUCCACCCGCUGAUACAACUGCCGUGUCUCCAUCUCCACCAGCUGCCGCCGAGCCCGCACCGCCGUCUCUCCCUACACGACCGAUGCAGCCGGCUGCAGAAGAAUAUGAAGAAGCCUCUUCUCCAUCUCCCAUAGACACCGUGCAGAAUCCUGCGGCGGCCGCGAUUGCCAAUAUCAUCCAUCAGCAGCAUGCGCCUCUCAGCGCUCAACCCGAGCCUACGCGAGAGGAGCCGCCACCACCCCGACUGCCUACUCGACCUUCGCAUGAGCAGGAAGAUGAGCGUGAAGAAGCCCCUUCUCCUGCGCUCCCGCGCCGGCCCCCUUCAGAGCAAUUUACCCCGCCAAUGCCCCAAUAUGAUCCCGAUCCGUCUCCGCCGCCGCCUCGUCCCCAGCAGCCCGCCCCGGCCAUGGGUGGCCACAGCCGGCCCUACGUUAAGGAAUCUCCUCCAUACAAUCGAGCUGGCGAGCCGUCGCCUCGCUCGCCGUCCGGAUACCAUAUCUACAACAUCAAUGAGAUGGUCGAAGUAAUGGGCAAGCGGAAGAAGAUGCCGACUACUUUGGGUAUUAAUAUGGUCACGGGAAUUAUCUUCCUCUCUCCCGAGGGUGACGAUCGCCAACAGGAAUGGUCUGCAGAGAAACUCACUCAUUACUCGAUUGAAGGCAAGCACGUCUUUGUCGACCUGGUCCGGCCCAGCAAGAGCAUCGACUUCCAUGCUGGCGCCAAAGACACCGCUCAAGAGAUUGUUGCUGCUCUGGGUGAAAUUGCUGGAGCCUACCGUGCCGAAGGCCUGCGUGAGGUUAUUGCGGCUGGUGAAGGUGGCGGCGCCCAGAAGAAGGGCCAGAUUUUGUAUGAUUUCAUGGCACAGGGUGAUGACGAAGUUACGGUGGCCGUGGGCGACGAAGUUGCUAUCAUUGACGACACCAAGGCCGAAGAAUGGUGGAUGGUCCGACGUCUGAAGAAUGGCAAGGAGGGUGUCGUUCCUAGCAGCUACGUGGAGAUCACCGGAUUUAUGCCUAUCAUACCCACCCCCGGAGUGGAAUCUGGCAUUUCGACCGUGGAACGAAACCGUUUAGAGGAAGCUCGACUCGCCAAGGCUGCCAUGGGAAAGACCAGGACCGAUUCGAUGGAUUCUAGCGAGCGCAGCAAACGUGAUAGCAAACGUGACAGCAAGCGCGACAGUAAAUCAGCCAAGUCAAAGCCGGAUCCCACGAAGGUGAGGAAGUGGACAGAUCGGACCAAAGCUUUUACUGUGGAGGCACAGUAUAUCGGUCUUUUGGACGGCAAGAUUCAACUUCACAAGGUCAACGGUAUCAAGAUUGCAGUUCCCGUCGCGAAAAUGUCCGUCGAAGAUCUUGAGUACGUGGAGAAGGUUGCCGGUGUUUCACUCGACGAAGAUAAGCCUCUAUCAAGUAUUCGAGCCCGUGGAGGCUCCGACGCCAAACGAGGCUCUGCAGGUGCUUCUGUACAGCGUCCCGAGUACGAUUGGUUCGAUUUUUUCCUCAAGUCUGGUGUUGGCCCACAUCAAUGCGAGCGCUACGCGCAGAAUUUUAUCAAAGAUUCAAUGGACGAGUCCGUCUUGCCUGAUAUCACCCCCGAGACACUGCGUACCCUUGGCUUGAAGGAGGGCGAUAUUCUGCGAGUCAUGCGCCACCUGGAUACCACACUUGGCCGAAGCGGUGCGAAGUCCAAGCUUCGUAACGUGAGCUUUGGGGGCGAGGAAGUCAUUGGCAAUGGCGAAGAAGGCGGGUUGUUUGCUGGACCUGGUGGCAUGCUGCGCAACAACACUCGCAAGGGGAGACCUGCGCCGGCUGUGCAGACCGGUGACGUUGUUGAUCCCAAGGCGUUUGAGCAAGCAGAUGAGUCCAAGCCCAAGGCUGAAGAGAGAGCCGAAACUCCUCCGGCUGCUGCAGCUCCUGAGAAGCCCGUUGCUCGUGGAUUCGAGGACGAUGCCUGGGAAGUGAAGAAGCCUAAGGAGUCUGCAGCUGCACCUCCCCCACCGGCUGCAGCCUCGCCACCAGCUGCUCAACCCCCGAUCCAAAAGCAGGUCACUGGUGCAAUGGCGGAAUUGUCCCUUCUUCAGGCUCCCCUACAGCCCAAUGUUGCGCAACCUGCCCCCAUCCCAUCCGUUUCAACCAUUCCUGCACUCCAACCGCAGCAGACUGCCGUGCAGAGUCCACCCGUACAACAGCCCCAGCAGACGGGUGCCACCCCCAACUUCUUCACCCAAAUCGCACAAAUUGGCCAGCACCAGCAGCAGCAGCAGGCUCAGGCAUUCAGUCCCCAACAGACUGGAUUCCAGGCACAAGCCCGACAGCGUCCACAGGCUCCGCAGACCAUUGCCCAGAACUCGCUUCUCCCACCACCUCCGCAGCGUCCGCUGUCAGCACCACAGAACUUCACGCAGCAACAGAGCUCCUUUGGUCCUCCUCCAUUGCAGCCUCAGCUGACCGGCCUUCCCCAGCCUGGUCCCGCUCUUCCUGGUCAGAGUUUGACCGAGCUGAACCAGCAGCGCUUACAGCCUCAGAUCCAGAUGCAGCCGCAAGCCACUGGCUUCAUGGGCCAGAAUCAGUACCAGAAUGGAAUGAUGAUUCCUCAGCCCACGGGAUUCACUCCCCAGUCACAAUUCGGCAUCCAGCAGCAACAACAGCUGCCCUAUGCCAAUGGCCAGCCAGGCUUACAGGGUAUGGCUCCACAGGCUACAGGCUUUGGUGGAUUUGCACCGCCUCAGCAGCCAAUGCAGACUGGCAUCAACUCCAUGCUACCUCCCGCACUUCAGCCCCAGCCAACUGGUGCUAAUGGCUUCGGUACGAACACAUACUCGAUCAAUAAUCCACCCCCAGUACCACCAAUCCCUCAGCAGCCAACGGUCACCCCUCUGUCGCCGCAGAAGACGGGACCUCCACCAUCAAUCAGAUUCGGCGUCAAGCCAGAUGCGCCCAAGAAGCUUGCCCCUCAGCCGACAGGAAUGCGGGCAAACCUUUCUCAAGCUACGCCCAACAACCCCUUCGGCUUUUAGAGGGACCUUAUGUGCAUUCGAAUAUCCGCUCCGUCUUGAUUGGCAUAUAUAAUUUUGUCGUUCUACCUUUUUGAAACUGGCGAUUGGCAAACCCUUCCCCAUUUGUAUUGUGCUGCAGAUUCUGUAACCACUGGGACCGGAAUUUUACAUAUCUCAGCUUGUCCUUUUCAUGCUCCUUCUUGCGCUCGUGGAAUUGACAUUCGUACAUAGCAUAUACCUUAUCACAUCAUCCCGCUCUCUCCGAGGUCUCUACCCAUCUCAGUCAAUGUUCUCGUCUCCCGUCCUUCUAACGCAGCUUACGUUGCGAUGAGCGUGGUUUCUUUGUGAUAUUCCCUGACUUAGCGAGCCAUCAUCCGAUUUUCCUUUCUUCUCCCGCUUUUGAAUUCCAUCGCCACCUAUCUGAGUCUUCCCCAUCCCCUUUGGCCCAGUUCACAUGUUCUUUACGUUAGCCUUUUAAGAAAUUUGCAAUGCCGCGCUCAUCCCGUUUUCCCCGCCAUACAUCUCGUUAAUGUCUAUAUGGUCAUAGUCAUGGUCAUGUUCUAGUGCCGUUGAAUGUCCCAUGUGUCUCUCACUUUCGUUCUCCUUUGUUGCUCGAACUACCACCCCCGGUUCUCCCUCCCAAGUCCAUCUCUUGUUACAUAUCUCACAAGCUUCCAUAGCUGGUAAUAAACUGCUGGCAUCUUCCAUAGCUUCCCAUUUGGCCCUUUGUUUCCCUACCGAGUUUAACUUUGCUUUUGUUUGAUGUACACUAUAUAGGAGAAUGAUCAACGUGUAGUUUCGAAGAA